UAUCAAGGAAAAGUUGCAAAAAAACAAGAAUCAGCGCGAAAGGAUAUUGAGCGAGCAUUUGGUGUGUUACAAAGUCGAUGGCAUAUAAUUAAAGGACCUGCUCGGAUGUGGAGUGCUAAAGACUUGGGAAAGAUAAUGAAGACAUGCAUCAUCUUACAUAACAUGAUUAUUGAGAAUGAGCGUAGUGAAGGCGUUAAUCCAGAAGAUUGGCGGGACGAAGGAGAUGAACCUAGUGAAAGUGUUAAUCUAGAGCAUGAUUUUACCUUAAUUAUGUCCAUGAUGAUUAAUCGCACAAAGCAGGUACAAGACACAUGGUUACAUAGAGAAUUAAAAAAGAAUCUCAUCAACCAUUUGUGGGAAGUCUACGGAGGUCAAGUUUUUGAUGAUUAAUUUUUUUUGUUUAUGUUGUGAACCCUCCAUGUUUAGUUUAAUGUAAUAAGCUUUAUAUAUGACCCAUUAUCGUGUAUUUACAAUUUUAAGUUAUAAAUUAUUGUGGCAGUGAAGUUAUGUCAUUAAUAUAAUCCAACUUGGUUUAAA